AUGAAGAAUGAAACACUUGUUACUGUAUUCAUUCUCUCUGGUCUCUCCUCUAACCCAACCUUUCAGCUUCCUCUCUUUCUCCUCUGCUCAUUCAUCUACAUAGUAACUUUACUGGGAAAUCUUAUGAUCAUUGUGUUGAUCAGAACAAAUCCAGGUUUACAAAAACCAAUGUACUUCUUCCUUAUGAACCUAUCACUUGUAGAUGUCCUCUAUUCAUCAUCUAUAACACCCAACAUCAUGGCCAACAUUCUCUCAGAAAAAAAGACAAUCUCUAUAACUGCUUGUGCAAUACAAAUGUUCCUCUUCAUUGAUCUGGUGGCCUCAGAAGGGAUGCUACUAGCUGUAAUGGCCUAUGACCGAUAUGUGGCUGUAUGUAAACCGCUGUAUUAUACAGUCAUUGUGAACAAAGGGACAUGUGUCCGACUUGUUUGUUCCGUAUACACAGCAGGAUGUAUCAAUUCCUUAAUCCAUACAUGUGCUGCUUUUACCUUACCAUUCUGUCGGUCUAAUAACAUCAACCAUUUCUACUGUGAUAUUAACCCCAUAUUAAAACUCUCAUGUAAAGAUACAUAUGUCAAUGAGAUGUUGUUGUUUGUUGUUGCUGGAUUUAUUGAAAUGGGCACUUUUUUAUGUAUAAUGUUAUCCUACACAUUUAUCCUCUUUGCCUUGUGCAAUAUAAGAUCUUCAAGAAGCAGAAUCAAGUCUUUAUCGACUUGUGUCUCUCAUUUUACCUGUGUCGCCUUAUUCUACUGCCCAGUUUUCUUUAUGUAUUUGCGACCAAAUUCUGCUUAUGCAGUGGAUCAGGACUGGAUUGUGUCAGUCUUCUAUACAGUGAUAACACCGAUGUUGAAUCCUAUGAUCUAUAGCUUAAGAAAUCAAGAUGUGAAGCAAGCUCUAGUACAAUUUAAGGUUAACAAUUGUCAUAACUCCAAUACAAAUAAACCAUCUUUGGACUAUCCUUUGAAGCUAACUACAGACCUGUCUAUAGUUUCCCCUUCAUCUUCAAACUCUCUCCUUGACCCUUUACAGUCUGGUUUUUGCUCCCUAAACUCCAGAGAAACAGCUCUAACCAAAGUCUCUAAUGAUCUCUUGAAAGCCAAAUCUAAUAAGAAUUAUUCUUUACUGAUUCUCCAAGAUCUCUCUGUGGCUUUUGACACGGUAAACCACCAACUCCUCUUCAGUAGUCUCCACUCCAAUGGUCUUGAGGACAUUGCUCUCUACUGGUUUUAUUCUUACCUCUCUGACCGCUCCUUCAGUUUAUCAUUUUCUGACUCUACUACUUCUCCUCUUUCUCUUGCUGUCGGGGUUCCUUAG